AUGGCAGUGGCAGCAGUGGCGUCGUCGACCAUGGAGGUCGAUCAGGACCUCCCGGGCUUCCGGUUCCACCCCACGGAGGAGGAGCUCCUCGGCUUCUACCUCUCCCGCGUCGCCCUCGGCAAGAAGCUCCACUUCGACAUCAUCGGCACCCUCAACAUCUACCGCCACGAUCCCUGGGAUCUUCCUGGGAUGGCAAAGAUCGGGGAGAGGGAGUGGUACUUCUUCGUGCCGCGUGACCGGAAGGCGGGGAGCGGCGGGCGGCCGAACAGGACGACGGAGCGGGGGUUCUGGAAGGCCACGGGCUCCGACAGGGCCAUCCGGAGGACCGGCGACCCCAAGCGUGUCAUCGGCCUCAAGAAGACACUUGUCUUCUACCAGGGCCGCGCUCCCCGGGGCACAAAGACGGACUGGGUCAUGAAUGAGUACCGCCUCCCCGACAACGGCGCGCCGCCGCCCCAGGAGGACACGGUGCUGUGCAAGGUGUACCGGAAGGCAACGCCGCUCAAGGAGCUCGAGCAAAGAGCCUUUCAGAUGGAGGAGAUGAAGCAGAGGUCCGGCGGCAACGGUGGGUACGGCUACAGUGGCGCGACCAGAGCGUGCCCGGUCCCGGCAGCCGGCGACUUCUACCUGUCGCAGUCCGACGACGUCCAGGACAACUUCCUGAUCCCCUCCUCCUCCUCCUCCUCGUCGUCGUCGGUGGCACUAUCCGGCAACAGCAGCAGCCACGACGCGCCCAGGGUGGCCAAGGAGGAAGCAGACGUCGCCACGGCCACUGUCGCGUCGACGUCGUCUCUGUCGCAAGCGGCGAACGCCCCCUUCCAUCUUCAGCUUCCGGCCGUGAACCCACCCUGCGGCCUCCAGCUACCGGCGGCGAACCAUGGGAUGUCGAACAUGUCCAGCCUACAGCUACGGGCGGCGAGCCAGGGUGUUGUGGACCUGCCCAGCCUGCAGCUCCCGGCGGCGAGCAGCCACGGAGUGUUCGACUGGCUAAAUGACCCGUUCCUGACGCAGCUGCGCAGCCCGUGGCAGGACCAGCAUUGCAUGUCCCCUUACGCCCAUCUGCUAUACUAG